UUAUGAGUUCAACUACACCAAUUUUGUAUUCAUAUUGGAGAAGUUCGUGUUCGUGGCGUGUUCGAAUUGCUUUAAAUUUAAAAGGAAUUAAAUUUGAACAAAAAACAAUUAAUUUAUUAAAAGGAGAACAAACAAAGGAUGAAGAGCAUUUACCUUUUGCUUUAGUUCCUGCCUUUAAUUAUAAUAAUUUUUUGUUAAGUGAAAGUAUGGCAAUUAUUGAAUUUUUGGAAGAAAAAUUCCCAAAUUCUCCUUCUCUUUUGCCUGGAACUGUUGAAGAUAAAGCUCGGAUUCGGGCACUUUCUCUUCAAAUUGUGGCAAAUACUCAACCUUUACAAAAUUUAUUUGUUCUUGAAUAUUUGUCAAAUGAUGCUAAUAAAAGGAAGGAAUGGGCAAAAUAUUGGAUAGAAAAAUCAUUUAAAAAUCUUGAUAGAGAACUUGCAAAAUAUUCGGGAGGAAAAUAUGCUUAUGGAGAUUUACCUACAAUUUUGGAUUGCUGUAUUCCCCCACAAGUAUUUAAUGCUAAAAGAUUUGGUGUAAACAUGGAAGAAUUUCCUACAAUUGCUAAGAUAGAUAAGUUUCUGGCUACAUUGCCCGAAUUUAAAUUGGCACAUGCAAAUAAUCAACCAGAUACGCCGGAAGAAGAAAAGAAAAUUUAA